CCAUGUGCUUGUGUGUGCCUGCAUAUUCUGACUUAUAGAGAAAGGGUUUUUUGUCAAGCGUUCCAGCCCCUAACUACAGUUGCCAUUUAGAGUCUCACAGAGUGAGAGUUAGUGUUAUAUGACAGAGCCAAAAUGUUGGACGACAUCAAGAAGCGGUUUGAAUUUCCUAAUGCAGUUAUUCAGUCACAGGCAGUGGGUCAUCUGAUUGCUGCUGUAUUGAAAGAAAAUGUUUCUUCGGAGAAGAUCCAACAGGCGUCUGACCAGACUCCGGCGCUGAACUUGCUUUGGGAGAAGUGCUGCAGUGAGAAUGUUGCCUUACGAACAGCCUGCUCUGAGGGGUUGGUGGCACUUGUUGCAGAGAAACAUGCCGAGCUUGACUAUGUUCUUCAUGGAGCUCUCAACCUCAUUCCCUCAGCGAGGAAUGUGCAUGGUUUAGUAAAAACUAUUUGGAAAUUACUGCAAAUUCAAGCUAUUCAACUGGGAAAAGAUGGAGAUGAGGCUGUUUGGAAUCUGUAUGGAAUCAGGAACACUCCUCAUCCGUUAAUCAAUGUCCUUGAAAACAGACCUGAUUGCUGGCCCGUUCUACUGCAGCAGAUAACAGUAUUUUUCCAUCAGUGUCCAGAAAGGGCACAGAGUUCAUGUGUUGGCAUAAUGGCUCCAUUUCUAAGAUACCUGUAUUGCGAACCAUCUCAGUUACGGGAAUAUGCUGAACUGCGAAUGGGUUUACUUAAGAUCUUACUUCAGCCUCAUGGUCCAAAGCACAAAGAAGCACCCUCCAUGCUGGAAUGCCAGAUUCUUCAACUUCUGUGUGAUUUGAUUCCGCAUCUUCAGCUUAAAGACUUACUGCAAGUUACAGAAGCCUUGUUUUUUCUGCAAGAGCUAUUCCUUAGCCUACUGCGCUAUCCCAUGUUUUGGAAAGUUCAGUUAUCCCAGUUUUGUCUGCAACUGUUAUGCUUCUGUGAAGUGUGCUUAAAUGUAACGGGAGAAUGCUCAUCUUUGAUGGCCUUAAUAGAGGACAACUUUGAGCUCUUAAAAGAGGUAUUUCCAGUGGAACAGUAUAUAAUUGGGCUAGCACUUCUACUGUUGCAAACACCAGAAAGUCAGCAGAAGUCUGUCUUGAGUCUAGCCUACAAGCUCCUUUCGUAUUCAGAAACUCAGAACAUCUCAACCACAGCUCUUACUUUGGUGAUGCCUGUGCUACAGAUCUUAUCUUCUGCAACAGUUGGGGACUGCCUAUCAGAGGAUGAUUCUGGGACUACCAGGCAGCAGCUGGCUGUAAACCUUUUGGGAAUAUUACAGAAGAUUGGUGUGAAGGACAAAAAGGAAUUGGUGUCCUGCAAACUCCUUUUCCCCAUAACCAACUCUUACAGCUCAUUGCAUACAACCUGGAAGAUCAUAGAGCUCAUGAAAGAGAAGUCUGCAGUUACUAACUGGUUAUCUUCAGUGAAAUCACUGCUACCUGUUACAACUCAAGUCCCUGCCCAUGUUUUUCUUCUGCUGGCUUAUCUACUGAUCCAAGAAAACGGAGACAGUCUUCGUGAUGUACUCCAGGCUACUACAGAAAUAGCCAAGGCUGAUUGUUCUCAGGUCCCAAAUCUGAUCCCAGUUCUGAUAUUUAAAUUGGGAAGACCUUUGGAGCCUGCACUUUACAGGGAUAUAUUGUAUACGUUGCCUACACUGGGUGUACACAAGGUUUGUGUAGCUCAGAUUCUGCGUGCCAUACACAUGCUGGGGAGCACGCCAAAGCUUAGAGCAAUUACUUUGCGGCUGAUGACAUCCUUAUGGGAAAGACAGGAUCGAAUUUACCCAGAGUUGCAGAAGUUCUUGGCAAUGUCUGAUAUGCCCUCUUUGUCUGUUGACAAAGAUGCUCAAUGGGAAAAGCUGAUUGCUAAAGCUGCUUGUAUAAGAGAUAUAUGUAGGCAGAGGCCAUACCAGCAUGGAGCAGACAUGUUGGCUGCAAUUUCCCAGGUAUUAAAUGAAUGCACAAAACCUGAUCAAGCUUCACCUGCUGCCAUAGUGUUACAGGGUCUUCAGGCACUGUGUGAGGCUGAGGUUGUUUGCAUCCGUUCUACAUGGAAUGCUCUGUCACCAAAGCUAAGCUGUGAUAAAAGACCCCUCAUUUUAAAAGCGUUGAAUGAAUUGUUUGCCCUGGUUCCCUCGUUAACAGUGAAUACAAACGAAUAUGAGAAAUUCAAAGCUCAAGUUAUCAGCUUCCUUUGGAACAACACACAAAACAAGGAUGCUGUUGUAGCUAUUUCUGCCUAUAAAUCACUCUCAUCAUUUGGCGCUGAAGAACAUACAAUUCUUCAUCUUCCUGAACAGGCACGACAAGAAGUUGACUCACUGGAGGAGGCAGACAUGAAUGAAGAUGAAGAAGAAGAGAAGGAGGCAGAUCUUUUUGUUCCAGGUUCUUCAUAUAUCAAGCUGUUGUCUCUAACACCAGCUUCUGUUCUAGGAGCAUUUGAAGAGUUUGCAGCAUCACUUGUGAAACAGGAGAUGACCAACAUGCCCCGUGGUGUGUAUCAUUCUGCCUUGAGAGGAGGGAGCACACGCUCAGACCAGGGGAAGACCGUGGCAGGUGUUCCAAACUUCUUGCUGAAAAUGUAUGAGAGGAACAAACAACCAGGCAUGACACCGGGCCUUGCAGCUGGCAUGCUGUUGUGUUACGACCUUCCUAUCCAUGUGGGCAAAGACGGCAAGCCCAUUCAUCGCUUUCUGGCCAGCAGGGGGCGCAAUUUCCAGCAGACGUUGGUGGCCCUCAUUCACGAGGUGAGUUGCUGGCUGCCCUUCCUUUCCCUGUGCUUCUUGCCCUGCCUUACCACCUCACUUGUUUAUGAGAAUUAG